GACGAAGACAACCACAAGCGUCUGCGCAUGCGCGCCCCACAUUGUGCAGGAAGUGUUAGGGUUGUGUUUUAGCAAGUACCUUCGUCCUCGCCGUGUAUCACGCCACCAACGAGGAAUAUCAAUGUUUCCGGAAACUGCUUUGCGGUUUUUCAAAUCGUUAUACUACAGAGACUGGAUCUCCGCAUAUGGAGAGAUAAACCGAUUACAGGUCCGACAUUUCUGUCGCAGCCAAAUUUCUGCGAGGAAGGCUAGGACUGUAAGUGAGCCCAAAGAAAAAGUUCACAUCCCAGGACUAGAAAUGGUCACUUAUGGAGAAAGGAUGCACUAUGUCCCAGGGCUGUCUAAACCUGUUUUCCCACAGUGGAAAAGGGACUAUAAGGAUCCACAGUAUUUCAGACCCCCUCCAAGUCAUGAGAUGCCGUUGUCGCGAGAGACACCGUGUUAUGUCUUUAACCAGAGGACCAACGCACUGGAAGGUGUUCGACAGGCCCUUUGGUUAACCAAAAGCACGGCAGUCACUGGUUUCCCACCUCUGCUUCUAUCACUGACAAAGAGUCCUGCCAAUCAAAUACCAGAUCAGGAAAACCGUGUUCUGAACGCCAUCAAACAUGCCCGCUUCUGGGACACAACUGAGGGGCGACCAGCAAAAUACAGCAAGACACUCCUUUUCAACCUGCUCCAUCUUUGUGCCACACUUCAGUCCAGCCACCCAUUAAUUGGAAGGAGAAUGUUCACUGAGAAAUACUCAUUGGCAGCUACAUGGAAAAGAGGCGAAAACUUGUUCCAGGUUCGAGGUCAGAAUGGCUUCAUAUUUAACAGCAUGGAUCCUCUACCAAGGGUUUUUGGGAAAGAACAAGUGUCAGACACAGCAGAUCAUGCUCUUGAAACGUUUUAUCCUAUAUCUCCUACUGUGGACCUGCAGGAAGUAUAUGUGUACAAGGAGGAGGUGAACUGUACAGGUUUCAGAGGACAGCAUUAUUAUCCUCAUACCCACACUCUUUACUUCCUGGAAGGAGAUGAUACUCGCUUCAAGCUUCCCCCAGAGCAGUUCAGAGCCAAGAUGAUCAUGUUCCUUUUUGGAAAUGCUCUGGCACGUGCACAUAUGCUUUAUGGGCCCAAGACUUGGCGUGUCUUGGAUCAUCCGAUCACAAUACAGGCAGUCGGGACCAACGGCAGACUUUUCCAGUUCAUUGUUUUCCAACUCAACACCACAGAUCUGAGAGGAGAUGAUGGCAUCAAAAACCAGGUGUGGAUGGAUGAAGAUGCUGAGCUCUACGAUUUUGCCAAAGUCAGACCACUUUUCAAGAAGAAGCAAUUGAAGGUACCAGCUGGUGUUGCAGGAUACAAGCCUGAGACUUUCACCAAGUUCCUUGCCCUUUACCUCCAUGGCGCUGUGUAGCAAUAAAGACUUCCAUUCAUCGUUGUGAUACAACUGUGAAUCAAACUUUCUGUGUUCAGGGAAAUUAUUUCCUGAGAUUCCCUCACCGUGAACGGUCUGAAUUCAUUUUCCAGGUUAAUCAUAGUGUAAAGAAUAAACGUACAAAUGAUUCCCUGUAAAAAGGUGUCAACCCAUUAAGUAUCAAAAUAAUGCCAUACUGUAUCCUGUACCCUGCCAUAUUUUAGACCGCUUUACAUAAUACCUGUGACAUGACGUGCUGUAAACUAGACUUUUUUUAUGGUCUAAUUGGGCUAUAAAGAUGCCAAGGAUGCCAUAUAGUAUAGGCAUUUGAUAAAACAUCGAUAUAAAUAUAAUAUUGAUUGU